AAUAUUGUAUCAAAGAUAACUUAAAGGAAGUAAUAGACAAUUUUAUCCCGUGCACUGUGGAAUUGUAGACUGUGGUUAUUGUUGUCAACUUCAUUUUUGAUUUGUCGUAGAUUUGUUCUUUCAGUUUUGACAGCAGGGAAGACAACCAUGUCGGCCCACAAGACAUUUAUUAUUAAGCGGAAGCUUGCAAAAAAGCUAAAACAAAACAGACCUAUCCCGCAAUGGGUUAGAAUGCGCACUGGAAACACAAUUCGUUACAACGCCAAGAGGCGUCACUGGAGGAGAACCAAGCUCAAGCUGUAAGCUUGAAUCUACUGUCUUGUAUCUGUUAAGUGAAUAAAUUUAUGUAAACACUUAAA